UAAUGUAGAUCCUUGUUUUUUUCUUUAUCCAAAUCUUCAUCUUACCUAAUCUUUGUUCCUCACAUCUCCACCCCCACUCGGGUGUUUUCCCCUCAUUCUUCAGGCUCAUUUGUCACAUCCGUCCUGUGCGCUCUUAGAAUGAGACAGAGAGUCGAGACUCUCACUAUGCUGUUUUCUUUUUUCUUUUGAGAUUUUAAAACCAAGCAAGUAUAAGUGAGAAGUAUAAGGAAGAAAACAGGAGAUAUAACAAAAUGUAGAAAUAAAUCCUUUAGAAGUAGAGCAAAGAAAUGUGAAAAUGACCAAACUUCCUCCACGCGUUCUGUUCUUUUCUCCUCCUCUCCGUUCUUUGUAUCCUCCUUCAUUCAGUACCUGUUCUGUGGGAUUAACAUGACUUAAAAUUCAAUCAGCCUACAGGCUGCCGGAGGAGCGACAGUGGAGGCAGACAGCGCGCUGCAGCUGUCGAGACCGAGCGAGGGGACGGCCGGCAGGAGGGGAGGGAGCGGGGGAUAGACACAGAUAGAAGACGGGGAGAGGGAGAGAUGGGUGUUUUUCCGCCGAGCUGAGGAGGCGAGUGCUGCGGAGACCAAGAUGUGACCGCUCAAGGAGUCGCGGUGGAACCAUCCGGAAAACGAGGUUUCUACCCAUCCGUUCAUCUUUGGUUCACCUCCAAACCCCCUUCACUGAGCUUUCCCCUCCCUCCAAGGUCAAAGAACGACUUAAACACUGUACGAUUAACUGGGACCCAAAUGACCACACUGGAAAUGACUCCAACACAUGCAUGAAAACAGUGAAUAUAGUCAAAUGAUUGACUGAGGAAGGAAAAAGGGAGGAAGAGGAGGAAGACUUGCAUCAAAACAGUCAUGAGGAAAUCACAUGAAGACCCUAUGAAUUGGAUUCUAAGCAAACUCGACUUUUGGAUCUUUUUUCAGAUUUUGGAAUAUCGACUUGGGAUGAAAAGAGCCAUUUUGGAUUUUCCAGGUUUGCUUUGUCUUUAAAAGCCUAAUAGGAUAUUGUGGGAUUGGAAUUUCUUCAACUCCUCGGCUGUCUGACACUGACCUACAUCCGCCUUCUUUUGAUGUGGAGGAGUAUGAGAGUGUGGACAGGGAGUGGGAUGGGUUCAGCGUAAACGUACCUACCCCUGUUCAGGCCCGACAGAAACAGAAACACCUGGGGCGAGAUCUGACACACAUCUGCGCGCACACACACACUUUUUAACCUGGAUAACAUGUGGAGUUGAUUCGAAUUAUAGAGCUGCACAGACGGAAAAGGUCUGUGGAUAGCCAGGCGUUCUACCAUGCCUGUCCCCCCAUCCCCCAAUCCCCGCAGACAAACACACCUGCCCCACACACAUCUCCACUCUGAACAAAGAGCUGAGGGAUCCACCUUCCCCUCCAUUUUCCUUCCAUCCAUCGUCUCUUUCUCCCUUCUUCCCAAUCUUGUCAUCCCAUCUUUCUCCUCCUCAUCCCAUAUUAUCCACUGUGCCUGUCCCAGGACUACGAGGAGAACCCUUCCGGAAUCCGUCACUUUCCCAGUGUUUCACUGGCUGGCUCUGGUCACAUGCUGCCUGCUGCCUUCUCUGAUUGGAGCAGGAGAGACGUGGGGCGUGGUCUCGGCAUGUCCUUUCCACUGCGUGUGCCGAAACCUUUCAGAAUCUCUCAGUACGCUCUGCGCCGACAAGGGCCUCCUCUUCGUCCCGCCGCAUGUUGACCGCCGCACAGUGGAGCUGCGGCUGGCUGACAACUUCAUAACGGAAGUGGGUGGGAAUGACUUUGUUAACAUGAGUGGAUUAGUGGACUUAACUCUAUCAAGGAACACAAUCCAUCUUAUUCGACCGAUGGCCUUUGCCGACCUGGAGAGUUUGCGAUCUCUACAUCUGGAUGGUAACCGCUUAACCACAAUUGGGCCAAGGGACCUGGCAGGUCUGGUCAACCUGCAACACCUGAUCAUCAACAACAACCAGCUAGUAAAGGUCUCCACACAGGCUUUCGAUGACUUCCUGCUCACUCUGGAAGAUCUGGAUCUGUCCUACAACAACCUCAGAAAGGUACCCUGGGAAUCCAUUCAGAACAUGGCCAGUCUGCACACCUUGAACUUGGACCAUAACCUAAUAGAUAACAUAGCAGAAGGAGUGUUUGGAGAGCUUUACAAGCUUGCACGGCUGGACAUGACCUCCAACAGGCUCCGGACCCUUCCACCUGAUCCUCUGUUUGCAAGGUCUCAGACUGGUGCCAUAAGUCCCACACCCUACAACGCCGUCAUAAGCCUAAACUUUGGAGGAAACCCACUCCACUGCAACUGUGAGCUGCUGUGGUUGAGGCGUCUUGCUCGUGGAGAUGACAUGGAAACAUGUGCCACUCCUGCCCACCUGGCUGCAAGAUAUUUCUGGACAAUUCCUGAGGAGGAGUUCACUUGUGAGCCGCCUCUCAUCACUCGGCACACCCAUAAGCUGUGGGUGCUGGAAGGCCAGCGGGCCACUUUAAAAUGCCGUGCCAUUGGAGACCCAGAGCCUGUGGUCCACUGGGUUUCACCAGAUGAUCGCAUUGUUGCCAACUCAUCCCGGACCAGCUCUUUCAGCAACGGCACCUUGGAUAUGCUGGUGACAGUUGCUCGAGAUGAUGGGGCUUACACCUGCAUUGCAAUAAAUGCAGCAGGUGAAGCAACAGCCACGGUGGACCUGAAGAUAAUCCCAUUACCUCAUCGAGGUGGGGUUGGCGGAAACACCGGCAGCGUUAACAGAAACGUGACCAAUGGGAUUUUACGGACUGAUCCUGGCUCAUCAGAUAUCAGCACAGGGAAAAAUGGAGGGAUUAACAAUGGAGCAGGACGUGGAGGAGAGAUAGAGGAUGGGAAAAGAGGAGAAGGAGAGGGGCCUGAAGGCGCCAGUGGAAAGACUUCAGAAGGGGACCGGGCCGACGGAGGAAGCAUGGAGGAAGAUGAGGCUGAGGAGGAAGAAGGCAAAAUGGUGGGGGUACAGGGAGUGACGUCCACCUCGGCUCAAGUGCGAUGGGAUUUGGGGCGUUUGUCUGCAACUUACGUUGUGUGGAUGUAUCAGAUACAGUACAACUGCACCGCAGACGAGACCCUCAUCUAUAGAAUCUUACCUUCCACCACUGACCGAUUCCUGCUCAAGAACUUGGUUUCUGGUGCAGACUACAACCUGUGCGUGCUGGCCAUUUUUGAUGACACCAUCACAUCUCUGGCAGCAACUAAAGUUCUGGGGUGUACCACAUUCUCCACCAAGGAUGUUUAUCCGGCAUGCCGCUCCCUUCAGGCCCAUUUUCUGGGAGGGACACUCACUAUUCUUGUAGGUGGUGUGGUAGUGGUCACACUGCUUGUUUUUACUGUGGCGCUCAUGGUUCGCCACCGUGUUUGCAAUCAAGGCAACCACUUGGUCUGUCACAAUGGCAAUGCUGAAGUUGGAGGUGGGGCGUGCUGUCAAGGUGGUGGAGUAGGAGGUGGAGACAAAGGGGAAAAUGUGAGUGGUUGCUACCAGUCAAAUGGUUCUGGAGAUGUGAUGAUGGUUGUUCUGCCCAAUGGUCUGCCCUCAAAGAGAGGAGCGGAGAAGGGCAAUGAGAAGGACAAAGAGAAAGCAAAAGAUGCACAAGAUGCUGCUUCUGCUCUGCCUCCAAAACUGCCCCCAAAGCCCAGGCAAAAGCCCAAAGUAAACCUGGAGCAGUUUCUCUCAGCAGGGGGUGUGGUUUCCACAACAACAGGGGCAGAAAGUGAGAUGGCAUUGGUGGUGAGGCAGCGGAAACUGGAGAAGGCAUUGCCGCACAACUUAGAAAGAGAAAGAACUCCCCUCUACUACUCCCCGUCUCCUCCAUCCACUCUGCCCCGCCAGUCACGUUCCAGAAGCCGCCCAAGUCCAAGACUGGAGCGGGAACUGACAAACCGAGCCAGCUUCUCCCUGGCUGCUCCCUUAAGGGACUCUGAACUGCUGGACUGGACACUUACACCCAGAGGCAGGGACAAAUGGAACUCAUCACAGGCUUAUCAAAGCCCCCUGUCCCCUCUAAGCCCUGCCUGUGGGACAGUUGGCAAACGGCGACAUUCACUGGAUAUGGGAUCCUCUGUUGCCCUAGCAACAGAUGCUGCAGUGACUGCUGCCAGGCGUUAUGGAGCUGUGAGUUACGCCAAAAAGCUGAGUGUGAUCUGGACGAGACGGAGUCAGUCGCUUCAUGGAAUGCUGGUACAGUGCGCCUCGACAACAAGCACCACUUCUUCAACAACCAGCGAUGAUGGGGAGGGUGGUGCAGGCUUUGGAGCUCAUGAUUUCAAACGAGGAUACCUCCACGCUUACAACACAUCCAACUCCAACUCCAACACUGGAAUUCUUACACUGAAAGCAAAAGAAAGGAGCAGGGAAAAAGAAGAUGGUAGAAAGAAGGCAGAAGAUCUGGACGAAAGUAUUGUGUAAUGUCAGGGGAGCCCAUAGGGUUACGUGAGGAAAAUUUGUGGGGAAAAAAGGGAAUAAAGGAAAAGAGAAUAGAUCACAGAUGAAGGUUAUUGUAGAGCAGAAAACAGACUUUACAGGGAACAUUUAAAAAAAUAAAGCUUUGAUGAGAAAGUAAAAACACAAUUGGACAAGAAAGGUGUUAUAGAUUAUUUUAAUAUUUGUUUUAAAUAAACUGAAGUGUUUCAGUAGACAUUAGUAUUCAAAUAAAACAAAUCAAAUCUUAGACAAAAAAAAAAUCCAGUCAUAAACUAGAUGAAAACCAGAGCUUGACAAGUAAAUUCAAAGGGUGGAGACCAUCAAUAUAGCAGCAAAACAAACUGGAUAAGGCAGAGUCAGGGAUGAGGCGAGCUCAGAUUGGAUUGCACUAAAGUCUCUUCACUAAUAGAACAAUACUUGAGCUAACACCUUCGUUUUCCCUGGCCAUCAACACCAUCACAAGGAUUUAUACUGGAUCGGAGAGCAACCCCACCACUCCAGAUUAAAAACAAAGGCAUUUGACACAGAAAUAAUGCUGAAAAAUGUUUUGACUCCAACAUUUACAGCAAUUUAGAGGCAUCUCCCCCUCCCCAAAAUGCAACGAAUGUGACUUUUAAGCGUCCUCUGUGUCUGGACAAGGAUUUUGGUUGCGCGGAUGAGGGGAGGAUAAAUACAAAGCACUGUUCACUGGACAUGAUCAGUCAAUACAAGCUGGAAAAAAGCGAGAGGAGCACACACAAUAUUAAAGGGAAAAUACUGGGAUUACAAUCGAGUCGAUAUGGAUUACAAAGUGCAGCAGACAUGAUGGAAGGGGUGCAUUUCUGAUAGACAACAUCAUACUGCAUGUCAGAUAAUGGACUAUAUUAUAAAAAAAGGGUGCAAAAGCGUGCCUGGGCUUGAUGGAAAAGAGACUGGAUACAUACGUGCGUGCUUGUGAGUGUACCUGUGUGCGCACAUGUAAAUGAAUGUUUGUUAUCUGCAAUCCAGUCAAACAGACUCCAUCAAUGUCUAAAAAUGUUUAGUGCUUUCUGGACAUGCUUUAAAAUAAAAUAAUUUUUUUUUUAGUUCCGGAUCAGGUUAAGCCAAUCCAAAUCGAAGUUUGAGUGAAAUGUUCAAAAGGCUUUUUCACUGCAAAAUUUCUCUGUAAUGUAGCAUGGUCGGAGAGCACAAACUCUUGAGUUAAACUUUCCAAAUGUUUUUGUCAUUCUGUGUGACUUAAGACUCUGUUUUUCCUCAUGGGUUCAUGUUAAAUUUGAACUUGAAUGUUUACAGGGACAGGAAAAAAAUACAGAACCACUAUGGACGUACUGCCCAAACGUACUGACCACUGGAAGACUUGGACCAUGUAGUGACUCUUAAAAUAUCGAAGUAAAACAAAAACAGUUGAAAGUAAAAACAUAUAUAGAGAGAGUAUAUAUCUAUAUAUAGAUAUAUAAAUAUAUAAAACAUGUUUCAUGUUGCACAACGUGUUUGUUUUUCAAAAGUUUUCUGGGGAACAGGAAGUUCUUGUACCUUGGCAGAAAACCUUAUAGAAGCACAUAAAUCCAUGCAGACAGACCAAACCGAUGCCUACAAAACAGAGCCAACUACAUGUUCAACGAUGAAUUAACCAUUCUAUUUGUUUCAUUUCUGUUUUAAAUCAAUUUUGACAAAGUCAAUCUUGAUAUUGUUCUUUGGACUUGAUAUAAAUAAAAGUUACAUGUAUAAAACUGA